CGCUCCUCGUCUGACUUUGCUGUGUUGGCAGGAGAUACGUAACGCGUCUCUGAAGUCAACGGAGACAAAGCACAAAAUCUAGGCAGCAAACGCCCAACAGAUAGAUCAUCACCCAUCACCUCUCCAAAGUCCAUCCUCGGAAAAUCUUCAUCGCUAAAAUGCGUGAGUGCAUCAGUGUCCACGUUGGCCAGGCGGGCGUCCAGAUUGGCAAUGCAUGCUGGGAGCUGUACUGCCUGGAGCACGGGAUCCAACCGGACGGCUGCAUGCCCAGCGACAAGGUGCGGGGCGGCGGAGACGACUCCUUCAACACCUUCUUCAGCGAGACGGGCUCCGGGAAACACGUACCCAGGGCGGUCUUUGUGGACCUAGAACCAUCCGUCAUCGAUGAGGUGCGCACGGGGACGUAUCGCGGUCUGUUCCACCCUGAGCAGCUGAUCAACGGCAAAGAGGACGCGGCCAAUAACUACGCGCGCGGGCACUACACCGUUGGCAAGGAGAUCAUCGACAUCGUGCUGGAACGCGUACGCAAACUGACGGACCAGUGUACGGGCCUGCAGGGCUUCCUGAUCUUCCACAGCUUUGGGGGCGGGACCGGAUCCGGCUUCACCUCCCUCCUCAUGGAGAGACUCUCCGUCGACUACGGCAAGAAGUCCAAACUAGAGUUCGCCAUCUACCCCGCACCACAGGUGUCCACGGCGGUGGUGGAGCCCUACAACUCCAUCCUGACCACACACACCACUCUGGAGCACUCGGACUGCGCCUUCAUGGUGGACAACGAGGCCAUCUACGACAUCUGCAGACGCAACCUGGACAUCGAGCGGCCGACAUACACCAACCUCAACAGGCUCAUCGGGCAGAUCGUCUCCUCCAUCACCGCAUCCCUCAGGUUUGACGGAGCGUUGAACGUGGACCUGACGGAGUUCCAGACCAACUUGGUUCCGUACCCGCGUAUCCACUUCCCCCUGGUCACCUACUCGCCCAUCAUCUCGGCGGAGAAGGCGUACCACGAGCAGCUGUCCGUGGCCGAGAUCACCAGCGCAUGCUUCGAACCAGCCAACCAGAUGGUCAAGUGCGACCCGCGCCACGGCAAGUACAUGGCGUGUUGCAUGUUGUAUCGUGGGGAUGUGGUGCCUAAAGACGUGAACGUGGCCAUCGCCAACAUCAAGACCAAACGCUCCAUCCAGUUCGUAGACUGGUGCCCCACCGGCUUCAAGGUGGGCAUCAACUACCAGCCCCCGACGGUGGUGCCCGGUGGUGACCUGGCCAAGGUGCAGCGUGCCGUGUGCAUGUUGAGCAACACCACCGCCAUCGCCGAGGCCUGGGCGCGCCUGGACCACAAGUUCGACCUGAUGUACGCCAAGAGGGCCUUCGUGCACUGGUACGUGGGCGAGGGCAUGGAGGAGGGCGAGUUCUCGGAGGCGCGCGAGGACCUGGCCGCGCUGGAGAAGGACUACGAGGAGGUGGGCGUGGACUCCGCAGAGGGAGACGACGACGAGGAGGGAGAGGAGUACUGAGCCUGAGCCGCCCGCAUCUGAGCCGCAUCCGGCCCACGCCCCAGCCUCAUCUGGGCUGCAUCUCACCUGUCCACUGCCCACCUGGGGCCUGUACUGAGGAACUGACUCAGCAGUAAACCAUGUUACGUUAAGAAGGUAAAUUAUCUAAUAGAAGAGACUAGAAGACUCCAGGCUCUCCUAUUAGAUGAUUUACCUCUCAUCUUGACCUGCUUUACUCCUGAAGCGGCUCCGUACAGUACGGGCCCCUGCUAAAGGGAUCAACUUGUCUGUCUGUCUUUAUUUCUGUGGUUGUCUGUUCUCCUGUCAAUGUGACUCUUUAUGUUUAUGUGUGUUUUUCUGCUGCCUCUUGUCCUCUGUGCCUGUAGUGGUGGUGGUGACUGUGGUGCCUCCUGCCACACCACCGCUGCUGACGGCUGUUAUCAGUGUUUUUACCUUCAUCUGAAUAAAGAUAUCCUUGUUUGCAA